CUUUGCAAAUGGGAGAAUCAACCAGCUGCCUGGGCUUGGAAAUACCUGACAAACCCACAUCUCUUUUGCCUUUUGGAUCUUCAUACCUGGUUGCUUUCAUACGGCCUUUGACCCCCCCAUCAUGACCUCUAAUCUAAAAGUCAUCUUCCUGUUUCUUUGGUUGCUUCAGUGUGGAGGAAGAAAAGUUGAUGUACAGCAGAAACCUCCAAUCCAGGUCGCACUGCUCAAGGAAGGAGUAUCCAUCCCCUGUAAAGUCAUGUUCCCUUACAUGCAGAAAUACACCAAAUUUUCAAUCUCCUAUUACUGGAUUAAUUCACUGGGCCAGAAAACAUCCAUCCAUCAUAGGUCAGAAAACGUACCCAUCCCUCCUGGAGAAGAGAAUAAGACUGCUACCAUACCUUACGACUACACAAUCACGUCACUUGAAAACACCUCUUCUACUGGCACAUACUACUGCAACGUCACAUGGGAUGAUAUCCGGAUAAUGGGAAAGGGAGUGUUUGUCCUUGCUAGAGAUACAGGGUAUGUAGAGACCUUUUAUGUGUGGGAAAUCCUCAUUACCCUUACAGUUCUUCUUGCUGUAUUGAGCAUCACCGCAACAGCUCUGCUUCUGUGGAAAAGAAAGGUGUUGUGCCCUAGAAGGAACCAGCUAAAUAUCCCGAGAAACAAGGUGGAAACACAGCCCCCUUCAGCCAGCCCACCACCACCACCACCACCACCUCCUGUCUAUGACUGCCUGGAUUUGCAGCAAGUUGAUGUCUAUUCUAGCCUCGAGAACUACACAAACAACCCAUCACCCAGAAAGAGUCCUCCAGGGAAGACACCUAAGAAGCAAGCAUCUCUAGAAGAAUCCUCUGAUACAUUGUAUGAGAAUAUCUAACAGGGAAAAUCUGACCCUAUGUGGACCAGACAUCUUUCCGUACGGCAGAAGUACUCUCUUACAUCCCCAGUUCUCUGCAGAGAUCCACAGUGACUUCAGGGCACAACCACGAGGGACUUGUGAAACCCCUGGCUCCUUCUAAACUGCCCUUCAUUAGCAACAGAAUGCAUCUGUUCACAUCCCACCAGGGCUCAGUCUGCAAUGAUGCAGCAAAGAUGUUUGAUGCAAAAGAAAAGCUGCUUUUGUCAGGCACUCACAUGUGCCUUAGAAAUGGUGCAGAUGGGAUCUGUUCAGGUUUCUAUCACCUGGCCUGGCUGAAAUACUUAAAUCUCGAUCCUCUGUAAUUGAUAGGACAAUCCAGAGACCUCCCUGCUUGCUGGCUUGAUCUUCUGAUCCUGACCUGCAGCAGUCCGUCUGAUCCUGUGCCUACGGCUUUCCUGACAUGGCCAUCAGGCUUUCAUGCAUAGUUUAACUGAGAUCCAAGCAUCCACCUGCCUGUUUUCCCUUUCUCAGGAACCCCACAGUGAAACACGCUUUCUCAUAAUCUGCUAAUCCCAUCAAGUAGUCACAGCUGCCUGCUGUGACCAUACUCAGGCGACUCAAAUCAGUGCCUCCGAGUAAAUGCUUUCCCUUCAGCAAUAUCAGCAGUAUAUGGUGAGGACUGGAUGCAUGGACAGAGAUAAAGAUGGAGAAAAGGAAAACAGAGAAAAUAUCCCUGUCUGGCAACAUGUCUCAGUGGCAGCGCCCUUUCCAGAACAGGGAAGAGGAACAAGGAGGUGGGAACCCGAGGAAACUCCCUUGCUGGCGCCGCGUAAACCAAGCGGGUCUGGUGCCAGGUUCAGCCCAGAGACGUUCAAGCUGAGCUCCCCAAUUUCCUGUUCUUCUUGGCAAUGGGCUUUAUUAUUACUUGGGAUUUUGAGCCUCUGUGGGAGCAGGCAUGGUACCUCUGCCCCACCAAAACCAAUAGGUUUGCCUUUGUUUCACCUGGCCGGUAUUUCCCAACAAGGGUGUAGGACUUCUUUACCCCCACCCCCAUAUGCUAUUUGGCCAGGCAGACCAGUUCUGAAACUUAGAAUGACUGGAGGGAGGCCCUAGAGGUGAAUUUUCUAUCCAAGCAUUUCUCUCUCCUGUCAGCUGGAACUUGCCUACCAUUUGUGCUGAUGCGUAUUCUAGUUCUGAUAGGGAAAAGGUUACAUUAAAUAUCCAUAUAACACGAUCAAACCAGUGGAUCAAAAAGCUGAGGCUGUUUUAUCUCAGAUUAAAAAACAACAACAAAAUAACAACUAAACAAAACCAACCCAAAAUAAGAAUAUGCAGCAUAACUUGAGAGGAAUCACAGAAACCUCUUUAAAGAAGAAGAUCAAAUUAAAAUUGAGCUCCAGGGUCAUAGGACCCUCUCUAGUUGAAGAUAAUGUUGCUAUGCAUCAGAGAUAGAGGCUAUGGAAAAUGUCUCCAGGGCCUCCAGCCUUCCUAUACUAUGUUUAAAGAGAUAAUCCGCUUAUUGCUUUGCUCUUUUUAUUAGAAGAGAUUUCAAACAUGCAAUUUGGACUUUAUUUAACCACAGGAAAAUGCUUUUUCUCUUCCCAGUGUUGAGGAAUUCAUUUCAGAAAGAGCAAUGAAUAGGCAGCACGGCUUAUUAGACCCGUAUUCCAUUUUUUAAGUGAUCGCGACAAUUAUAAAUAUUUUUGAAGUCAGCAAUUUUAGUGUUUACUAAUAUGACCAGAAAAAAAUCUGUGUUCACAGAAAAAUUUACAGAGGAUUGUACAGGUAUAACAAUUCCUUUCCUUAACAAAUUUGAAGAAAUGAUGAGAUGAAUUAUAAAUAUGUUGCAGUAUGGCAAUAAAAUAUUCAGCAGAAGCUGGUGGAUUAGAUGAAAAGUGAAAACUUCCAAAAUAAUGCUGCUUAGUUUUUCUGUUUUGCUUUUUAAAUUUUAUAAAUGCUAAAAAUGCUGGGUGCUAUUGGAAAUUUCCUGGCAAGCAUCUCACUUUGCAGUGAAUUGAUUUGUCAUGUCUUUCUGUUACCUUUUUAGUGUGUUUCUUACAUUUAUGCCUGAACAAUUCUAUACCUUAAGUGUAGCUGAAGCUGUUUAAAAUGAAACAUGAGAGGAAGAACGACAUUUGGAAUAGAAAAGCGUAUUCUAGGAACAGUCAGUGCUGAAGUACUGGAAGAAUCACACCAGGUUCUGAUCAAUUAAGUGAAAAAGUCAGAAUUUCCAAGAAACACUGGCAAGUCUCGGGAUUUAGGCUGUGUGCCAAAGCUUGCCAAAGUCAGGGGGAGUCACUGUGUUGAUUUCCAUGGCUUUGGAUUGGUCCUGCAAGCGUAAAAGUCCGCUGCAUGAGAAAAAGGAAGUUUUGAAGCUACGUAGCCACAAGCUAGUAUCACUUCUUUAGCAUCAUGCGCCAUGGACAGCCGCAGUAGCAUAGAGUGUGUGAGAGACAAAGGUAUAACGCAGAAGACUGUGAGAGCAGCAAUGUUUUUAAAUCGUACAGAGUUUUCCAAGGAGGUAUGAGGAAAUGCCUUCAGGCACAGGUAGGAGAGACUAGGAAAUAUAAUUUAUAUAAUAUGGGUAUAGCUACUUUGUAGCAGAGAUUUUUUUCAGGAAAAAGGCAGUCAUUUGGUCUUUUUGUCUUAUCUGAGAGUAGAUGCAGAAAAUGAGUAUUACUAGCAAGAGGAAAGGAGUUAAUUUUUAAAUGUUGAGCAAUUAAAAAAAAAAGAAAAAAGAGAAAUUGAGGAUCAGCUCUCCCAGCUCUACAAAGAUGAGAGGUGAUGACUGGGCGGUUCUGUUCAUUCUACAUGUUUUGCUUUAAAAUUAAUGUUGAGAAUGGAUUCCUCUUAAAAACUGCGUCCCUAAGGGUCUCAGCUUCUCUUGCUUCCCCCAGCAUGGUGCUGUUAUGCACAGAGCAUGCUUUCAGGUUACGGUGGUAUAAUCUUUGAUUCCCAGGUGUUGAAUUAUCCCUUUGUAUUGAUAGGAUUUCAGGGAAGUGGAGGCCCAUUAUCAAAGUAAGCAAUAGCGUGAGGUGGAAAUGCGUUGCCUGCCGCCUUCUAAAGAAGGUGCUGUGUUAGCACCAGGAUCCUUUGCCCUCUCCACCAGGUAUGAACCUUUGGUCCUGAGAGAUGUGGUCUCUCACCGUGAUCAUCCUCAAUGUGUUGUCUUAGCUGGUAUCGCUGCAAAGGGUGUUGGUGACACUGAGGUCAUCUAGUCCCUUUAAAAUAACUCCUUCACAAUGCUUUACAGCAAAUCCUAAUUUAGGAAGGCAACAAACAGGGUCCACUUGAAUGGUUCAUUGGUUUGAUCUUUUUCUGCAGAGGGCAAGCUCUUGCAUGGGUACUGUUCUGUCGUAUGAAACACGCCAACUAUAUUUUGCCUUUAUCUGUAGAAAAGGAAUACCUUGCUGUGGUGGAUAACAACAAUGAAACAUAUGUCCGAGGUAUAGUCCAAGGUGUUCUCCUUCAUUGCUUCUGUCUUCUACUCCUCUUUUUUUUUUUUUCUUCUCAGGGGUGUCACUACUGUAAAUCAUCUCUAAAUACCCAGCUAGGGAUGGUUCUUUAUCAAGGGAGGUGCUUGACCGAACAGCACCCAAGUGAAAUGGUUAUUACUGCUCUGGUUGGCACCGCUCUUCCACCUAGCAGUGCCCUAAGGGUGUAUGAGUCUGGGUCAAGGGCAUGGCUCUCUUCUUCCUGCUGGGCUGUCUCUUGGAAAGACCUGAUGUUUCUUCAGCCCUUGACCACGCAAUACUGUGACCCUGCGAGACAGGGAUUUAGGGAAGGCGGUGACUGAAGCCACCAGAUGGUGCCCUAGGUCCUCUCUGCUCCCUUUCUUGUCCCCUGCCUGCCCACAUCCCCCUGCCAGAUCCCCUGGUAACCCCCAGACCACAGACUCCUGGGCGUGGACACACCUACAGCCCUGCAGAACGUCCCCAGCCAUGACUGUCUUCUACCCCUGGGAUUGGUGCCUCUGGCACCCCUCACAGCCCUGUGCGAUGGCCCAGGUGCCACCAGCACCUGUGAAGAGAUGGGGACAGGACAGGUUCCCCUCCUUUGCAUCUAUGAAGUCUGGAGAAAUAGCUUCAUCGGAUACCCGCAUCUUGGCACAGGGCUGCCCAUGUGAGGGACAGGAGAGUGGCUGCUGCACCAUCAUUGGGGUCAGACUGGCAUCCGAAAUGCAAAAUUGGACAGAUGUUGGAGGCUGCUUGGAGCUACCACUACUUUCUUUCACUGUUUGGAAAUGGCAGCUUAUCUUAGGUUUGGGAAAACUUACUGUGUGUCCACGGUGAAAAAAUCCUUUGCAGCGUAUGCUGCUCCUCUUCUUUGCUGUGUCAGGAAGCUGAUCAAGGCUCAGAUAUGGCUCUUUUUCUGUAUUUUGGGAUUCUGUGGUGGUCAAGAUUCGCUAGCACAGUGAAGUAUAAUUAAGAGUUUAUAAAUAAAAAAGGAGAAGGUCAGUGAGCACCAGUGACUACCUGAUCUCCAAGGGAAGAGGGGAAUGUGAACCUUCAGUGUCUUCUCUUGCUUGAUUCUAGGGCAAGCCAGUCUCCACUUACUGCCAGGGAUAAAAUGUUUUUCUUUGUUAAUGAUAAAAUAGAAAUGUGGGUUACUAUUAGUAACUAGUAUGUUACUAGGUACUUCACUAUUAAUAACCAGGCCUUUAAGCUGCCAAACUGUGUUACAAGCUGUGGGUCUGCAAGGUUCUCAGCACCAGUACUGCAAUGACACAGCCACCUGGGGACAAAGCGCAAUGGCACUUUGACAAUACCAGGCAGGUUCCCAUGAGAGGUGACACAGGAGGGCAAGUUGUCAGCUCCUGAGGCAAGGACUCUAAUUUAGGCAGGAGGGGAGGGCUCCCACUCCAGGAGGGAGUCUUUCUUCUCACUGGACAACAAACCUCUCAUGGACCUCCUCUUUUCCUUCAGCUCUUUGAAACACGUGGGUUGUGUUGUAUCGCUCUGGGCCACGUGAAGAUUUGGAUAUACAGCUGGUAGGGCCAGGCAGGUCAGCCACCCUGCUUUAAGGAGUCAGAAUGUAAUUAUCCAAAUUGGAACAGGGUGAACACAGAAGAGCUAACAUAUGGGCUUCUUCAAAAUGUUAUGUCUUUUAAUAACCAGUCAGGGCCUCUGGUUUCUAUCCCAUCUGAAAGAUUUGUCUGCCUACAAUUUUAUGCAAUGAUAUCUAAGCACUUCCAGGGGUAAUAAUUGUACCCAAAAUACCUGUACCACAGUGAGCUUCCCUCCCUUGUGAGGGAAUUAGUCCUGUAAUGCUGCUAACGGUGCUUUUGGCACUGACAUGUGCCACUAAAAGAUUUCAGAAGUCCUUGCAAGGCUCACUAUGACGUUUCGGGUUCAUACGUGGAAAAAAAUGGAGAUUCGGGAGGUUAAAUGACUUUUCCAAAAUUGCACAGUGUCAGGGGUGAAGUUUGGAACAGAAUUCACGUUCCUAUGUUCUUAUUUGUAUCAGGUUGUCUAGGUAGGAACCAGUAGCUGGGUAAGUAGGAGCUGGUGGCCUCCUUAUAGUAUAGGGGGGAAAAAAAAAACUUUCUUCCUGAGUCACCAGCACCGGUUUCAGUAGCACUUUGCUUUUCAUUUUUGAUUUCUCAUGCAGGUAUCGGUCUGGCUCACAUCUGCCUGACUGAGGUCUGUUUGCUGAGGUAGCAGAGCUGCAGAGAAGUUACUGCUCCCUUUUAUGGAGGUAUCCACCAUUUUGGCAAUAAGGAAAGCUCAUCAGAGCCAAAUUACCAUGGGAAGCCCAAAUAUGUAUGCUGUAA